AUGGCGCAUUCAACUCCUUCAACCACCCAGGUCACAUCGGCGCGCCACCUCCACAGCGAUGAUCUGCAUGGGCGUAUGAGAGCUGCGGCGGAUUGCAGAGACCCGGUGCGGUGUUUCUCCUGUGGCCAUUGGGGGCAUAAAAGCUUUGUGUGCAUGAGAAGGCAUUCAUCCUCCAGGAAGCAAGCUCCCACGCCCAAGACUGCUCCUCCACCACUCGACGACACCAACUUCCCGCCUCUGAGUGCGGCAGCGAUGGCAAGGCUCGGGGACCCCACUGUCCGUCCUCUGGACACCUGCGCCGUAGCUUUCUCCGUCGACAACAUGGACCAAGAACUCGACCGUCUCUCCAUGCACGGCAUGGUGGCAUGGCUAGGGGGGAACCGGCCGGUGGUGGAGCCGGAGGUCAUCAAGAGGGCCAUCUGCCAUCAGUUUCCAGUUCACUCGGAGGAUGUCAUCGUCGUUAGGCACGCCCCUGAGGACUUCUUCAUCGACUUCAAGCACCGCCACCACCACGACGAGGCGGUGGCGCAGGGGACCUUCCCCUAUCGCAACCUCGACAUCCACACAAGGUCGUGGCAGCUGGUAACGCACGGCGACAUCUGCGACCUCAAGUUCCGGGUGCGCCGGUGCCUGGAAGGCAUCCUCCUUAACGCCUGGAAUGAGAGCAUCGCCAAGAGGGCUGUCGCCAGGGCCUGCGACCUUGACUACAUCGAGAAGUCAUCGCUGGACUGCACAGACACCAGGGCACUCUGUGUCUGGGCCUGGACGCACAAUCCGUCCGACAUUCCGAAGGUAACUUGGCUCACAUUGUCCUGCAGGAAAGUAGAGUCCCACAGCGCGCAGCCCGUGCGCGGCCGUCGGGGACUCACCUUCAGGGUGCUGGUGCACUUCGACCUGGUGGAGGAUCCUCCAGGUAGAGAUGGAUGGGCUGCUGCUCCUCGCGUGUACAUGUGGGACUACGGGGUUGUUGAUGGUGAAAGGACACCGCGUGACCGCCACGACCCUCCGCCUGCUGACUUCUGUGGCGGCCACCGCGACGACGACGACGACCGCCGUGGACGCCGGGAGCGCCAGGGCGACAACUGGUACUUGCGCCUUGCCCACAGCCUAUCGCGGGCGCCCAAGGACCACGAGCGGGAGCGGUCGGAGUCGAGGCAUGGUGGACGUUGGCACCGGAGCCCCGAAGACGGGGGUCGUCGUCGCCCUCUACACGACGUCGCUCCUUGCCAUGGCGCCUGCCAUUCUGCCCCAAGCGACACUGCUGGCCAUGGCGUCAGCCUUUCUGCCCCAAGCGACGCUACUGGACGUGGGGCAGACACAUGGUCUCGGCACCUGCUCGCCAAGCCCGCUGACUCUGGCUGCUAG